GCAGAGCUUGAGAGAGGCAGAGCUGGCAUCUGGUCGGCACGAGGAGGUGGUUGCGGUGUAGACGACGAUAGUUGUGGUGGUGGUGGUGGUUGUGGUGGUGGUGGUGGGAGCAGCGGUGGCGGUGGUGCUGGAGAGAAGCCGUGCACGAUGUCGACGCAAAAAUGCAGCUUCUGGCAGGCUCUGUCAGCCGCCUCCUGCUGCUUCUACCGCAGCUCCUGUGUACAGGUACAGUUCACCACCAAGGAGCGCUGCCUGAUGGAGGGAAGCUCCGAGAAGCUGCGCAAGGAGCUGGAGGAGGAGCUGAAGCUGGGCAGCGAUGACAUCCGCAGCCACGCGUGGUACCACGGCUGCUUGCCGCGCGAGGUGGCCGAGCGAGCGAUGGGGAACGACGGAGACUUCCUCAUCCGCGACUCGGUGUCGAGCCCAGGGAACUUCGUGCUCACGUGCCGCUGGGGGGGCGCCCCCCUCCACUUCAAGAUCCACCGCGAGCUCCUGGCCAGCGUGGCCCCCAUCUCCACAUCGAGAGCCUCCCCGCUGGUGACGGGCCGGAGCCGCGUGCAGUACCGCUUCGAGCAGGAGUGCUUCGACAGCGUCCCCGCGCUCGUGCGCUUCCACGUGGGCAACCGGCGGCCCAUCUCGGCGCAGACCGGCGCCGUCGUGGCGCGGCCCGUCAACCGCACCGUGCCGCUGCGCUACCUGGAGGCGCGCUACGGCGGUGGCGGGGGGGCGGGGGAGGGGGCCGCGCGGGGUCGCGCGUUGGGGAGCUCCCCCGCCCCCCAGGGGGGUCACGCUCAGCACCCCCUCGCCAAGCGGCUGAGCCUCAACAUGGGGGAUGCAGCCGGGCAGGACGGAUCGUCCGCCAGCCUCGUCAGGGCGAAGGAGAAGAGCGGCAGCCACCCGACCAACCUCGACCACCUGCAGGAGAAGCACCGUCACCUGCACACGCACCAGUCCGAGAGCCACCUGCCGCUGGGUCAGCGCGGCCGCGCGGCAGGCGGCGCCGGCUCCGACAAAACCCCGGCGCUGCUCUCCCCGCUGUUCCGCACGGACAGCGAGCCCGUGCUGAGCCCCACGUUCCAGCGGCGCGUCGGGCCCGACGGCGCGGCCCUCGCGUCCGCCUUCGACGGAGCCCCGCCGGCGUCCUCCUCCUCCUGCUCCUCCUUCUCGGCCGCCGCCGCCGGCGCCAGGAGCGGCCUUCGGGGCUCCGACGGGCAGCUCAACGGCAAGCCCCCGCCCAAGCCGUGCCGCGCGCCGUCCGUCAUCAUCGGCGCAGACCUCGAGGCCACGGGAGGCCACUACUGCGAGCUGCGGCCGAUCCCCCUGCCGGGGGCGGGAACUCCGGCCUCCAGGAAGAGGGGCCACGUGGAGCGGCUCGUGGCCGAGGAGGUGGCGGCCGCGAGGGAGGCGGCACGCCGCUCCGAGACCAACUUCUCCGUCCUGGAGGGCGAGCGGACCAACGCCAGGGUCACGCGGCUGGCCGACGGAAAGAAGGCGGACGAGGAGCUGUUCGUGCCGGAGGUGGAGACGGAGUCGGCGUUCCAGCCGGGGGCGUUCCGCUCGCCGCUGCUCCCGGCCGACAACAAGCCCCUGGACACGGCCGUGCUGCGCCUCGUCAAGGAGACCUUCGGCGGGCACGACGCACGCACCAUCGCCGGCCACAUCACGGCCAUCGACUGCCAGGUGGCGCGCGUCGUCGGGGUGACGGAGGAGCGGCGCCGGAGGAUGGGGGUCUCCUCCGGCCUGGAGCUGCUCACGCUGCCGCACGGACACCAGCUCCGCCUGGACCUCAUGGAGCGGUUCCACACGCUGGCGAUCGGCAUCGCGGUGGACGUGCUGGGCUGCACGGGGAACUUGCGCGACCGCGCCGCGCUGCUGCACAAGACCGUGCAGCUGGCGGUGGAGCUGCGCUCCUCGUUCGGGAACCUGUUCGGCUUCGCCGCCGUGAUGAGGGCCCUCGACCUCCCGCAGGUGACGCGGCUGGAGCAGACGUGGGCCGCCCUGCGCCAGCAGCACACGGAGAGCGCCAUCGCCUACGAGAAGAAGCUCAAGCCCUUCCUCAAGUCGCUCAACGAGGGCAAAGAGGGCCUCCCGCUGUCCAACACGACGAUCCCGCACAUCGUGCCGCUGCUGCAGCUGCUGGAGAAGCCGUGCGGGGGCCUCGCGCUCGACGGCCCCCCGGAGCCCUGGGAGGGCCCCGACCACGGCCUGGAGGCCGUGCUGCGCCACCUGGAGAACGGGCGCUCCGUCGCGGCCAACGCGCGCAUCUACAGCACCAACGCCGACGCCAAGCUCGCAGGCGCUGUGCGGGACGAGAGGCUCCUGGACGUCUUCCGCACGGAGUUCAUGCUCAAGCUGCUGUGGGGCAGCAAGGGCGCCGAGGUGGCCCAGUCGGAGCGCUACGACAAGUUCGAGCAGAUUCUCAACGUUCUCUCCAAGCGCCUCGAGCCGCCCGUCAAGCAGAGCGAGCUCUGAGUCCUCAAGCGGGGGGAGGGAGGGGGAGGGGGGAGCAGGAAGUGCUAGCACCAGCAGCGCCGGCUACGUCCCGGCUAAGAUGCGCCAGGCUCCGAUAACGACAAUGAUCACAGCUCUUCCACUCUUC